ACUAUUUGAGGGAAAAUGUUAUUUCAGCAUCCAAGAGUGAGAUAUGCAGCCUGUAAUGCAGUUGGACAAAUGGCUACAGACUUUGCCCCUGGUUUCCAAAAGAAAUUCCACGAGAAGGUAAUUGCAGCUCUUCUGCAAACCAUGGAAGAUCAAGGCAACCAGCGUGUUCAGGCUCAUGCAGCUGCUGCACUCAUUAACUUCACUGAAGAUUGUCCGAAAUCACUGCUUAUUCCCUAUCUGGAUAAUUUAGUGAAGCAUCUUCAUUCCACCAUGGUGAUUAAAUUGCAGGAGUUAAUACAGAAAGGCACUAAACUGGUUUUGGAACAAGUUGUGACUUCCAUUGCAUCAGUUGCAGAUACAGCAGAGGAGAAAUUUGUUCCCUACUAUGACUUAUUUAUGCCCUCUCUAAAACACAUUGUUGAGAAUGCUGUACAGAAAGAACUUAGACUUUUAAGAGGAAAAACUAUUGAAUGCAUUAGCCUAAUUGGCCUUGCUGUUGGUAAGGAAAAGCCACCUGAUAAUGCUAGCGAUGUUUUAAAACUGCUCACCCAGAUAUCUUACAUGAUCUCUGCGUGGGCUAGAAUGUGCAAAAUCCUUGGAAAAGAAUUUCAGCAAUACCUUCCUGUCGUCAUGGGGCCUUUAAUGAAGACUGCGUCAAUUAAGCCUGAAGUUGCUCUACUAGACACCCAAGAUAUGGAGAAUAUGAGUGAUGAUGAUGGUUGGGAAUUUGUAAACCUAGGAGACCAGCAAAGUUUUGGAAUUAAAACUGCAGGCCUUGAAGAAAAAGCAACUGCAUGCCAGAUGCUGGUUUGCUAUGCUAAGGAAUUAAAAGAAGGAUUUGUGGAGUACACAGAGCAAGUUGUAAAACUGAUGGUUCCUUUGUUGAAAUUCUAUUUCCAUGAUGGUGUUCGUGUGGCAGCAGCAGAAUCUAUGCCUCUUCUCCUUGACUGUGCUAGAGUUCGUGGGCCAGAGUAUCUCUCACAAAUGUGGCAUUUCAUGUGUGAUGCGCUUAUCAAAGCUAUAGGGACAGAACCUGAUUCAGAUGUACUUUCAGAAAUAAUGCAUUCUUUUGCAAAGUGCAUUGAGGUAAUGGGAGAUGGAUGCCUUAACAAUGAACAUUUUGAAGAACUUGGAGGAAUACUGAAAGGAAAACUAGAAGAGCACUUUAAAAAUCAAGAGUUAAGACAGGUGAAAAGACAAGAUGAAGACUAUGAUGAACAAGUUGAAGAGUCAUUACAAGAUGAAGAUGACAGUGAUGUUUAUAUUCUGACUAAAGUGUCAGAUAUCUUGCACUCAAUAUUCAGCAGCUACCAGGAGAAGGUGUUGCUAUGGUUUGAACAACUGCUACCACUAAUUGUCAAUUUAAUUUGUCCACAUAGGCCAUGGCCAGACAGACAGUGGGGGUUAUGCAUUUUUGAUGACAUCGUAGAGCACUGCAGCCCAUCCUCCUUCAAAUAUGCUGAAUACUUCCUGAGGCCAAUGCUACAGUCAAUAUGUGACAACAGCCCAGAGGUUAGGCAAGCAGCUGCCUAUGGUGUUGGAGUUAUGGCACAGUUUGGUGGGGAGAGCUAUCGUCCUUUUUGCACAGAGGCGCUUCCGUUGCUGGUGAGAGUUAUUCAGUCACCAGAUGCCAAAACCAAAGAGAACGUCAAUGCAACAGAGAACUGUAUUUCAGCUGUAGGGAAGAUCAUGAAGUUCAAACCUGAUUGUGUAAAUGUUGAGGAAGUCCUGCCACACUGGUUAUCAUGGCUUCCGCUACAUGAAGACAAAGAAGAAGCUGUUCAUACUUUCAGUUACCUGUGUGACCUGAUUGAGAGUAACAACCCAAUUGUCCUUGGUCACAACAACUCUAAUCUUCCCAGAAUAUUCAGUAUAAUUGCGGAUGGUGAAAUUCAUGAAGCAAUUAAACAUGAAGAUCCAUGUACUAAACGGUUGGCUAAUGUUGUUCGUCAAGUGCAGACCUCUGGAGGACUAUGGACAGAAUGCAUAUCACAGCUCAAUGCAGACCAACAGGCAGCUAUACAGGAGCUCCUGAACUCUGCUUGAAGGGCCUUAAUUAUCAUCUGCAAGAAAACUAACUCCAAAUAAACAUUUACCCUAUUGUUUAGUUUUCUUUGUUUUGUUUUUGAGCAAAAAAGAACUGUAGAGCGUGUAGGCCAUUCUUUUGCAAUCUACAGUCAGUGGCAGCACGAAGAAUCACUCUUUCAGAGUGGUGUUUAAAUCAAUUUCUAUACGACAACACUGAAGAAGCUCCCUGUAAACCCUACAAUAGCACUGAAGAGUAUUUUUCUAAUGGUAUAAGCCACCUGUGAUGGUGAAAAGGAGACAAGUUGAAUUUUCUCAUUAGAUAAAAUGAAUUAAAAAACAGCUUUAAGACCAGUUAUUCAGCAGUAAUGUACAUUACAGCAGAUAACAUUUCUGUACAUCUAGUGUUAAUUGUAUUAAUUGGAGUGAGUCUUUUUUAGGGUAGAAAGUGCCCUUCUACCCAGCAAACCACUAGAUCAAAAGAUGAAAAAUUGAAGACGAAUAUCAAGCAUGAAGACCUCAUUGAUGUCGCUGUUUUCCAAAAAAGGCUUGUUUAGUGACUCAGUGAGAAGCUGUUCAGCUUCCAGCCCUUGAAUGUGAAGUGUCUUUGGCAUGUCUGGCAGUAUCUCAUUCACUCCUCAAUAAAUGACAUUCAAAUACAAUAA